CUUCAUAUUUUUGUUUUAAAAGCUUGUAAUCUUGUACAGAACAGACUAAUAGAUUUUGGCAACAUGGAUUUGAUUUCUGAAUUGCCUGAACAUAUUCUUCAUCAUGUGCUUUAUUUUCUUGCUGCCAGAGACGUUGCCAAAGCAAGUAUUUUGUCCAAGACAUGGAGAAGUAUAGCGUUAUCAUGUCCCUAUGUGGAUUUGAGGACCGAACAUUACUUUGAGUCAACAGAGAUUAGUUUCAAACAAUAUGUGGAGACUACUUUACAAAACUGCAUCACAAAAAACCUGGGUUUGCGGGCAAUUAAGCUGAGAAUAUUCUACUAUGAACCAGAAGAAUGGGAUGAUCUAAUCAACCGGUGGAUCAAUUUUGUCGCUAGGACUAGUAGUAGACUCGAAAAGUUUGAUAUUGACCUUGGGAGGACUAAGAAUGCACCUUACAACUUACCUGAAGGUAUUGUCUUUUCUUUCAAGACAUUGAUCGAAUUAUCUUUAUGUGGAUUUGGACUUGACAGCUCUAGCAAGUACUGCCAUAUAAAUCUUCCUCUGCUACAAAGCUUGAUUCUGUGUGAUAUGGAUGUGAAUGAUACAUUUGUCCUGAAUUUUAUGUUUAGCUGUCCUUUGCUUGAGAAGUUGAUAAUUAAGGAAUGUGAGAAGCUGACAAGUGUUAACGUUUCAAGUCUUCAGAGGAUCAAGAUGAUUCUUAUUCAAUACUGUGGAAAACUUACAAGGGUUGAGGUUAGAGCUCUAAGCCUCCAGUGUUUCUCCUUUCAUGGAACUAAAUCUAUGCCAUGUGAAAUUGACUUGGCAGGUUGCCAUAACUUGAAAUUCCUAAGUCUGCAUACCUUAUGCAAGAUGGCAAGUCUUGCAUGGGUUCAAAAUCAAAUAUCUAAGCUUGUUGGCCUUGAAAUUUUGAUCUUAGAUUGUCUUAAUUUGGAAUCUAUAAAGAUCUCAAAUUCCAAACUAAAACAAUUAGAAAUUGAAAGGUGUAGGAAUUUGGGAAUUAUGGCAACUGAGUUUGAUGCUUUGAGUCUUCAUUCAGUAAAAUUUCUAUACAAUAAAUUGCCUUUUUAUUCCAUAAACACUUCAAAUUUAAGAAAAGCAACUUUUGAAUUUCGUCUGGGAGAUCACAACGACACUAUGUGGUUUUAUAAAUUGAAAGAAUUAUAUGAAAAGACUAUUCACAUUGGAGAUCUUAAGGUCGCGAUACAAUCUCUAAAAAGUAAAACUUGGAGCGUGAUAACCUUUGAUGAAUUGAGUGAACGAGUUCUCAUUAUACUGGAGGAACUCAAAGAGUUGAAUCCCCAUGUCACAAUUUCAUCAAUGAGCUCUGCAGAUUGGUUGCUCUUUCUAUUUUCGAAGCAACGCUGGACAAACAUGUAUGUGGCAUCGUCAUCUCACAAUAAUGACAUUAUGAGGGUAUUUUACGAUGAGGUAUUUAAUAAAAAAACAGGAGAGAUCUGCCGCUUAAAUCGUUUAACCGAGCGUUGUAGUCGCUACUACAACUUGGAUGGCGUUGAAAUUGAGAGAAUAGAGUGGAUAGAAGAGAGGGAUAAAAUUAUCCCAUUGUUGAAGCCACAUCAAACGGCGUUCUACAAUGUUAUGAGUGUGAAAUUGAAAUGGCAGAAAAAGGAAGAAAUUAAAGAUCAUAGCUAGAGAACAUCGAAUGCUACCACAUAUUCUUUUUAUGAAAUAUAUUUUGUAAUUACACCAUUCGAACCGUGAUACUGAAUUAUUUUUACA